UUUCGCUGUGCUGUUACUUGGCCAUCGCUCGUGAGCGUCCAUUGUUCUCAUUCCCUUCUCUUCUCUGCUCCUCUCUUUCCACUAUUACCUUGUUCUACCAAAAAGGAUUUCCUUUCCUUUUUCUUUCGUGGUUUUCGAGAGAUUUUAGGGUUUUUCGGAGCCUUUACCUCGCUGUGAUUCGGUCUCGAUCGCUGGCAUCCUGUCCAUUGCGGGUGAGAGAUCAGUGUUUGCCUUUCUUGGCGAGGCCUCCUCUGUUUGCAGCGUGAUUUGGGGCUUUGUUUGGGAGGAUUUCUCCUUCGGUCGUCGCUGCUGAAUCGGACUAAGCUUGUCGGUUCCUGGAUUGGUGGGCAUUGGAAAAAGAUCGACUUUUUCCUCUAGCUACUGGGUGCUUUGAGCUCCAGACGCAAUUUUGCAACUAUAUGGUGGUCUGCAAUCGAUUUUGGAGCUCUUUUGGGGUAUUCGUGUUGAAGAGGGUAAGAAAGCAGAGGCAUUGCUGUAGUUUGAAGCAAUCUUGGCUGUAUCAUGGUCUCAGUUAUGCAUGUUUCAGUGUUUUGUUCAUCCUUGGUCAUCUGCAUUGCCUCCAUGUACUCAGUACUAGAAUUGAUAGAGGAUGAACAAGAUCAUGUUGUAGUCUCUGUGAACCGUUGCUUCAUCCAGAUCUUCUAGUAGUAAUAAGGAAUCCAGAUAUUAGCACUGUAAUCCAUAUUGGAGAUCAUCCUUUGAAGAUGCGAUCUGAGAUGUUCUUAGUACCCACUGAGCUCGUUCGCCACGUUAUGAUUCUCCUCGCACUCCUCGCGGUGUUAUUUGCAUACCAGUAUGAGGCCCAAUCUCCGAGUGCAUCUAUGGACACUGCAAGAUCGUUGGAUGCUCUCCUUCAGGACUAUGCUUACCGUGCGUUUGUUCGCCCCCGGACUGGAAUUACCUAUGAUGGUGCUGUCCCUUCCAAUCUCACGGGCAUCAAGAUCGCAGCAUUAAGGCUCAGAAGUGGGAGCCUGAGAAAGAGAGGAGUUACGAGUUUUAAGGAAUUCAAGAUACCGGUUGGCAUCAUUAUACAACCUUAUGUGGAAAGGUUGGUACUGGUUUACCAUAAUCUGGGCAACUGGUCUUCUUCCUAUUAUCCUCUUCCUGGUUAUACUUAUCUGACUCCAGUUCUCGGUCUCCUUGCUUAUGAUGCUGCAAAUUUGUCUGCCACAAACUUGCCUGAAUUAAAUGUUGUGGUGUCAGGAUCACCCGUUUCUGUUAAUUUCAGAAAUGUUAUCCCAGUUCCGAAUGGUGCAAUUGCCAGAUGCGUGUGGUUUGGAUUAGAUGGCUCGCCACGUUUCAGAGACUUGGUAUCAAGCGAUGUUUGUUCCACAUAUCGACAGGGCCACUUCUCCAUUGUGGUUAAUUCUAGUGAGAUUGCACCUUCCCCAGCACCAAGUGUAUCCCCGGGGCCAAGGCCAAGCCCUGGUGGUUCUAAGAGCAACAAGUCUAAGGUGUGGAAGAUUGUUGGCGCUGCGAUUGGUGGAUUUGUUGCUUUAGCGUUAUUGGCUCUACUCAGUUAUUGGAUCCACAGGUAUAAACAGAAUAAGAAGAUGGCACGAAUGGAGCUGCAUGCAGAUGCCGGAGUAUCAUUACAAACAGCUAGGGUUGGAGAUACACAGGUACCUGUGGCUUCAGUGACAAGGACACAGCCAGUCCUCGAGAGUGAACUUGCUGCCUAAGUGCUGUUAUUGCAUCAGUCAAUGAUAUAAUCAGGCAGCUAGCUGAGAACCGUCCUUCGUAUGUUUCAUAUGCCUACAAUCAUCAGACAGCCAUUGCCAUGUCCCUGUUGCCCUUAUGUUUGUUGAAAUGAAAUCAUACGGGUCAGGUUCUGCACUCAGCACUUGAGCUAGACAUUCUUUUGGAAAGCUGUUUAUGUGUUUCGAUUGCUCCAAUUCGUGAUUGUUCACUGUUCUCAUAUUCUUCUUAUUAUUUGAAAUGCCUACUUUCAUGUAAAAACACCACAAAGCAGAUGCCAUUUCUUGCUACCUGGAACUGUUUCAAUUAUUUAUUUGUUGGCUAUCAUACUUAGAGUGAUCUUGCUAAUAUAAAUGAAAUAUCCUUCAUUUUG